AUGCGGCGAUCGGUCGGCGCGCUGCUUGUGGCUCUUCACGUAUGGGUCUGCUGCAUGCUGUACGUCUUCUACUCCAUGUACAUGACCCCAGAGAGCAUGCCCUCUGCGCCAGCGCUGCGGCCGGUCUGGGCCAUCGACGACUUUGAGUGCAUCGGGUGGCAGUCCUCGGGCUCAUGCGGCGACGAGCGCGACCAGCGCAACGCCUGUACCGAGGACUUGAAGCUUCCGGCGAUGGGCGCCUGCCUUGUCGGCAACAGGUCGUCGAGCGCUGCGCUGACCGCCAUGCGCUCGACGUGCACGUCCACGAAGCACUACGUCCAGUACUCGUGCCGGGACGCGCGCGCCUUUAUGGACUUUGGCCCGCUCUCGGAGCGCUACGUGCAUACGCCGACCGCGUCAAUCUUUACGCAGCCGUGGUACGCUCUAGAGGGCGAGAGGGGCAUCGUCAUGGUCAUCCACCACGCGUCGCUCGUCAGUGCAUUUGCCAACAUUCGCUCGCUGCGCGCCUUGGGCUGCACCUUGCCGAUCGAGCUGUGGUAUCGCGACGACGAGACGGCGCCGACCGACCCGAUCCUAACGCACCUCCUCGCACACGACCCGCUUCUGUCGCUCCGCCGCAUUCAAGAUCCGCGCGCGACAGGCUUUUAUACCAAGCCCUAUGCUCUCUUUUACAGUGCGUUUCAGCAUGUGUUGCUGCUGGACACGGACAACUUUGCGGUCGCCGACCCAACGUACCUCUUUGAGCUACCAGCGUAUAAGGUCCACGGCACGGUCUUUUGGCCCGACUUUUGGCAGCCGACCAAUACGAUUUUCAACGUGCACAACGAAAGCCUCCUCUGGGAGCUUUUGGACCUCCCGCCCGUUGAGAUGUUUGAACAAGAGAGCGGCCAAGUGCUCGUGGACCGGCGGCGGCACGAGCGGGCGCUGCACAUGCUCAUGUUUUACGCCAUCGAGCGCCCGCCGCUGCUGGAGCGCCUGCGCCUCGUCUGGGGGGACAAGGACCUCUACCGCCUCGCAUGGCUCAAGACCACGAGCAGCUUUCGCAUGGUGGCACGGCCGCCAGGGGCGCUCGGCGUGCACCACCCGCAGUACCCUCGCUUCUGCGGCCUCAGCAUGGUGCAGUACGACGACUCUGGUCGCGAAGUGUUUUUUCACCGCAACACGCGCAAGCUGUCGCGGGACCCCGUGGCCAAUGCGCGGUAUCAGUGGACACACCUCCAGGCCUUUCGGCCCACGGGGCGACCGACGAGAGACUACCGACCCGCGUCGUGGGAUGGCACCGAGCAGUACGGCGAGAGCGCGUGCUUUGGUGUCGAGCUCUACAUGCACGCCAAGCUCGAGGAUGGAUCGCCCGCCUACGACGUCGUCGCGAUCAAAGGCACAUCGUUUGCACAUGUCGAGGCGACGCUGCUCGGCUAUGCGCGCAUCGCGCUGGAGCUCGCUGCACCAGCGACACAUGCAUAG